AACAGUUUAUUAUAAUGGAAAUCAAUGACGGAGACCAUGAAAUGAUAGUAGAAGACUUCAACGAACUAUUUGAAGAAAAGUCAGUAGCUCAUGAAAGUAUCAUAUUAACAGAAGAUGACAUUAGUGACCCACAUAUUCAUAUAGAUUUUGAAAAACUUUCAAAUUACAAAGUCGAACAUUUAAAAAGAUGGCUGGUAUUCCGAGGAGACACACUUCAAGGUAUUACAACUUUGAAAGAAGCUCAAGUUCGUGUUAUGAGCUAUUUCGAAAAUAAAACUGAAGCCAAAAUUGUAGAUCCUACACCUGAUAAAAUCUGGCUACGUAAAAAAGCAGAAAAAAUGGGAGUUAUUUUGAAACCGCUGUGGAAAGAGGGAAUGCUUCCAUCAGUCCCUUUGAAACUCAAAGCUGAUAUGUCAAAACCAACUGAUUUAACAGGUUGGUCGAAAUCCUUGAAAGGAAUGCCAAAUUUUACAGUUGAACAUAUUCAAAAUUAUCAUGAACAUGUCAAUGAAACAUUUUGUAAAAAUUCAACAAAAAUAAAGAAACAUUUUAUACGUGGCGAACAAUUCCUCGAAGAGAAGUUCUUAGAUACUGAUACAAUAUAUGUUAAAGAAGAUGAAACAAUAUUUUGUUUGAAGGGUGUAGCUGCAGCUAGUUUGAAAAAAGCAAAUAGAUGGGUUUUUUUAGCCAUAGAGAAAAAAACCUCCAAUAUUGAGUUUGCGAACUGUCAGUGUCCAGCUGGACGUUGUGGGACAUGUUCUCAUGCAUAUGCUAUGAUGAAACUUUUAGCAAAGUGGGUAGUAGAUGGCCUAUCUAUGGUACCAGCAACUAAAGCAUGUACUUCAAAGCCCUGCGUGUGGAAUGUUCCGCAGUCCAGAGGUAGAAUAGAAAAGGUUCCUAUCAUGGAAAUGAUGAUCAAGUCUCCUCCAUCGAAAAAAACUAAAAAAACUGACAAUGUUCAAGACAAAAAGGGUAUUGUUUCAUCUCUUUACGAACCCCGAAUAGUUAAAAACACUUUAAAAGAUGAUAUCAAUUUUCUCAUAAGACAUAUGGAACAUAAAACACCAACAAAUAUAUGUGCAACCAAAUUACUUAAUCCCAAUCCAGUUCAUCACAGACAGACACAAUUUGGAACUUUACCAUCAGGUUCGUACCUCUCAUAUCAGUGUUCAGUUAUGCCACCUGAUUUUACAGUAUACUGUAGCAUUGACAGAUCAGAUGGAAAAGAGUACCCAUUGUAUCAAAGAUAUCCACAAUUUCCAUUCCAAUCAUUGGAAAAUGUUAUAGACACUUUUACUAAGGAUAUUCAUAUUGUUGAAAUAAAGAAAAACAAUAUUUUAGAAAAUUUAAAAUCCCACUCCGAAGAUGUUAACUUGAUUGAAACGAGUACAAGAAAUCAAGCUGAUGAUCCGAACUGGUUUUUAUACCGCAAGAACAGAUUUACAGCAUCUUUAUGUAACAAAUUGGGUAAAACUGGACGAAAAACUGAAAAAUCUUCGAAGACAUUAGCCCAUAACAUUGUGACAGGGAGUAAAAAAAAUGUGAACAGGAUUAUGAAAAUGAAAAUGGAGUACGGUCGAUUUUACGAACCCAUAGCAAUCCAACAUUAUGAGCGAUAUAUUUAGUUGAAGGAUUUUAA